AUGUCUUACAAAUAUACCCGUAUUAGUGUAAGAAGAAAAGUAGAAGUUGUCAAUUUUUUGAAAAUAUAUAUGUCGAAGGAUGAACCAAAAUUGAGGAAAAAAUUAAAUACAACGAUUAUAUUAAAAAGGAAUAAAUUCUUAAAAGGACACAGUUUAAAGUUAAGAUGUAAGCAUGACUUGUUGAUAGGUGAUAAUAAUAACAACACUAAUUUGGAGAGAGAGAAAAAAAAAGACCUUUUUUUAGGGGAAAAUAAAAAUGGGAGAAUGGAUGAUGAAAACACUGGCAAAGAUCUUCGUGGAAAAAUGGGUGAUAGCGAGAAAGGAUUAAAGAAAAAAAAAAAAAAAAGAAAAAGGAAAAAAAUUAAAAAAGAACAGGAAAAAGAAAUAGAAAAAGCAAAAGAUGAAAAAGGGGAAAAGGAAGAGGAAAAGUGUAAAAAGAAGGAAAGUAAAAUAAUAAAUAAGGAUUUAUUAAAUAACAUCAAGGAAAAUGAAACACAAAAUACGAGAAGUGACACUUCAAACGAAUUAGAAGAUGAAAACUUUAAUUUGUUGAAUCAAUUCAAGGCACAUGAAGAUAAUACAUUAGUUAGCGAACUAACUCCAGCAAAAAGUAAAGAACUUAUAAAUUGUGCUUCUUUUAAAAAGUUAAUGGUAGAGUUAAAUUUAAAAGAAAAAGAUGUUUUACGCUUAAUAAAAAAAAAUGAAAACAGUGUCUCAACUUUGAUUAAUCAGAAUUUAACUUUAGAACAAAUAAAAAAUAAAGCACAGAAUCAAGAAGCACAGAAUGAAGAAUUAUUUGGUACUUUUAUGAAUAAUGAUAGUUCAAAAAUAGGUAAUAUUAUUAAUUUUAAAAAAGUAAGUAAAGAAUAUAAAGAAAUUAUUAGAGAAGUUAUACUCCUUUUUUUAGGGAAAAAAGUAAAAUUUAGUGAAAUAAUAAAACAAAUGGGCGAAAAAAUAUGUGACAUGAAUAAUUAUUGUCUCUCUAUUUUAAGAGAAAAUAUUUUAUUUAAAGAAUUAAAUAAUGAAACACUCAAUGAAAUAAUUAAAAAGUCUGUAUUAAUAGGACACUUAAAUGAAAAAUUUUCAAACGAUGCUCAAAAUUUUGAAUGGACUAGACAAAUAGAAAACUAUAUUUUUGAUUCCAUAAACAAUGCCAAUUUUAAAGUAAAGGAAAUUUCCUACUCCAGUAACACCAUAAAUAUAAGUGUAACAUGUAUCAAAAAUGUCUCUAUGGAUUCUAAUGAAUAUGAUGAUAUAGAAUGUUCCAUACAAAGCUCCUUAAGGCAAUAUGAAAAAGCUAAUAACUUAGAUAUUCUUUCCUUUUUCAAAAUUCUAGUGAACAUUUCUUGA